CAUGGCGGCGUUCGAUUUCGUUCAUUUGCGUCUUGUUCUCAAAUUUACAACUAAAUAAUAAUUUUAUUGUCAAAGAAUAAUGUUUGUAUUCAUUUUUUAGGUAAAAACUAGGAAUAAAUAGUUUUUAAAAUUUGUUUUUAAAACACUUGAAAGUUUAGGUGUUAAACAGAAAAGCGUGCUGGUAAGACUGUGAGCGAAAUUGAUCGCGGCCCAAAAGGCGCCUAUAUUUUGAAAAACUCAUUUGUUCUAUUAUGCGUCGAGUCGCUGUCAUUUUUCCAUUCUUUUACCGCACAUGAAAAAAAUAAUACUGUAACAAUGGGUGUACACGACUUGUGGUCCAUCGUCGAACCUGUUCGCGAGUCGGUACCGCUGUACAGUUUGAGUGGAAAGACGCUGGCGGUCGACCUCAGUUUGUGGGUGUGCGAGGCCCAGCAUGUCCAAGCAAUGAUGGGCAGAGUCACGAAGCCCCAUUUGAGGAAUCUAUUUUUCCGGGUGUCAUCACUCGUGCUUAUGGGGGUGAAGCUGGUGUUCGUCAUGGAAGGAGAGGCUCCAAAACUGAAAGCGGAGACCAUGAGCCAGAGGGUUGCUAACCGAUUUGGAGGUCCCCCCAAAGUCUAUAAAUCCUCCACUAACAUCAGCAGAGGGCGCUUUAAUGCAGUGCUCCGAGAGUGUGCAGAGAUGCUGGACUACCUUGGAGUUCCGUGGGUGGUCGCAGCAGGAGAGGCUGAGGCGAUGUGUGCAUACUUAGACUCAAACCAUCUUGUGGAUGGUUGCAUCACCAACGAUGGAGAUGUGUUCUUGUACGGUGCACGGACUGUCUACAGAAACUUUAAUAUGAACUCCAAAGACCCUCAAGUGGACUGCUACAAGACCUCACGUGUCCAAACUGAGCUGCGUCUCUCCAGAGAGAAUCUUGUCGGUCUGGCAAUCCUCCUCGGAUGUGAUUACAUUCCCAAAGGAAUCCCAGGUGUCGGGAAAGAACAAGCUCUCAAGCUGAUAAAGACCAUCAAAGGACAGACUCUCCUGCAGAGGUUCAUGCGGUGGAAGGACGAGGCGGUGUGCGUGUCUCAGGGAGUCGUGAAGAAGCUUCCUCACUGCCACAUAUGUCGACAUCCAGGCUCAGCCAAAGCACAUGAACGCACUGGCUGUGUGCUUUGCAACAGCCAACGAUUCUGUCAACCUCAGGAUUUUGACUACCAAUGUCCAUGUGACUGGCAUUGCUCAGAACGGACCCGCCAGGCUCAGUCCAUCGAGGCAAAUAUUAAAAAGAAAACUUUAGCGAGCCAGCAGUUCCCAUUUACAGAGAUUAUCAAUGAGUUUUUGCUAACCAAGGAUAAACCUGUCACAAACUUUAAGAGGAGACAGCCAAACAUGCUAUUAAUGCAGAAAUUUGCUUAUGACAAAAUGGAAUGGCCAAAGCAUUACACCAGUGAAAAGGUUUUAGUUCUGAUGACCUAUACAGAGCUGAUGAACAGAAAGUAUGGCAAAAUGAUGUCGUCGCAAAUAAAGCCCAUCCGAAUAUUGAAACAACGCGUAAGGAAUUCAGUUUCUUGCUUCGAAGUCAUCUGGAGCACACCAGAUCAUUACGUAUUUCCAGAGGACCGUUCCGCCAAAGAUCAGGACGAGGUGAGGUCAGUGGAAGAGGAGAACCUCUUCCGUGUGGCCUUCCCAGAGGUGGUGGAGACUUACUUUAAGGACAAAGCAUUAGCUGAAGAGAACAAGACAAAAAAAAGGAAACCAAAGAAUAAAAAGGAGAAGCCGCUUGAUAAAUCCGAGGGUGUUUCGGACUUCCUAGCACAGAUGACCCUUCAGAGCUCUCUUCAAAAGCCGACAACCGAAACAGCACCUGAAAUCCUUCCAAACUUCCAGGAAGUGGUUUUAUCGGACACACCGAUGACCUAUAAAAAGCAUCAUCCACUCAAGGAAAAUUGUCUUGGGAGGUCUCAUUCUCAGGGAGAUUCCUCACCGUCUGUAUCUGCAGCUAUCAAAGCCCUCCACCUUAGUGACAUCGAUUGGGACGCCUCAUCGUUCACGACCACGCCGCCACCGCAACGCACUUCAAACCCUGCGGGUGGCGACGUCAAGAACAUGGUGGAAGUUGAAAUGAAAAUCUCGGAACUUGAACACACUGGCAAUGCUGGCACAGAACAAAGUUUCACUGAAUUUCCUCUUCGGGAAAGGCUGCUUAUGAGGAACACAACCACAGCAAUGACAACUUGCAAUGAGGAUAUCCCCAAACAACUGAGCAACCUUGUACCAACUUUAAAACCCAAAUCACACACUCAAAAAGACAGCGAUGGUAUCAUGAUAUCAGAGAAGCUGUCUUCAAACAAAAAGAUGGCAAGUGAAGCAUAUGGUAAUACAGCAGUACGAAGUCAGACGCAGAUUGAUGAAAGGCCGCCUCACAAGUACAAAUUUGUCAGAGGAGCAGCCACAAAUGUGCUGAGGUGCCACUCUGAGCCAUGUAAGGCAGACAAAGACACAAAGGCGACCGUCAAGAAGAGUGUAUGCAUGACUGUGUGUUCAUCCAGUGAGGACAGUGAUGAGGAGAAGCAGCAGAUCAGGUCUCACAGAACCACUAAAAGCAAGCACGCACACAAACCAGUUUCUGGAUUACUAAAAACCACAACUCAAAGUGUCCAGUCCUUGAUGCCCAAACGUGUGCAGAGUACAGAAAAUGUUAUAAACCUUAAAAGCAAAAGCCAGGUAGAAGCAGACGUCGAUGAUGUGUUUCCUCCCGCCCCGCCGUCCCCCAUUGUUGUUUUAGAUAGCGACGAUUCAGUCAUUGGCGGGGAUAGUCCUUUGCCGCUUGGGGAGAGACUGAGGCUCAAGUUCCUAAAAUGAAAAGCAGGAUGAAAAAAGCAAGAGAAAGUCAUCAUGACUAAAGGUAGUAUAUUUGUGAAUUUCAUACGUUUAGGCUCAUUGUUUUAGCACGCCAAUACUAACAGUGUAUUAGUAGUUAUUAUACCUGCCACACAAUACAGUAGUGAGAAUUGAGAUUAAAAUCUAGAUUUACAAUAAUUUGGUACAAUUUCUAAAAUAUUUGUCUUUUAAACACUCCCAAGAGCACUGCGCUUUUGCUUUUACAGCCCUCUGCUGUUGGUCCCCUUGAUCAUGAGUGAGGCCUUGCACACCUUUUCAGACAUGAAAGGUCUGGCUUGCGCUUAGUGACAGCUGCAUCCUCUUGCCCAAAUAACUCCUCACUGGCUUGUUUCCCCCCAAACGCUUAUAUUUAUAUGUUGUAUGGCGUAAUAAAAGCUUAAAACACCCAA